AUGGCCCCUAUCCGACAAAGCAAUCAAGAGCGUGGGCUAGCUCGAGAGAAAUGCAGGGAGAAGUUGUCUCAGCACAUCGCCGAAAAGCUAGGCAUCGUGAUCAAGCCAGCCGAAGUUCGCCUGAGGCCCCGCACUGGCGAUCCAUAUGCCUGGAGCAUUCUCCCGCAAAAACGAAAGACGCUGGCGGAAAUAUUUGCCAAGAACCUGAGCGAGCACUCGAUCAGUGCCUACCGAACCAUCUGCGAAGAAGUCGGCCGUUCUUUUGAGGCGGUGGGCAAGGCCAUGUCAUCUUGUUCCACCAUCGAUCAUAUCACCACGGUUUCUCAGCCCGUAAGUUUCGGUACGGUCAUCAGUCAACUGCAAGAAGAGAACGCCAGGCUUUCUACCGAGCUGAGCAACUGGAUCGGCAAGGCGGAAGAGGAAUCCACGCAGCGACAACUGGCCGCCAACGAGGUGCAUCGCUUGCUAUGCCACCAAAAGGAGUGUGAAAGCGAGGUUCGGCGUCGCAUGGACGCCGCUACCUGUUUAUACCAGAGUUGUUUGAAGAAAUCCGUGGCGCAGCUCGAUCAAAUCCUUCCCACGUUGGCUGAUCUUAAAGGGGAUAUCAUUGGUACGUUAGCGGAAUCGAGUCCGGAAUAG